AUGCUGAGCGCCAACGUCUCCAAGACAUUGCCCGAAGACAAUGUCACCAAGAACUCCAGCUGUGGAUCAGUAUCAGUGGGUUUCCCUAUAACCAUGAUGAUCACCGGCAUGGUGGGCAACUCGCUGGCUCUCAUCCUGGUCUACAUCUCCUACAUAAAAAAGGAGAACAAAAGGAAAAGGUCCUUCCUGCUUUGCAUUGGAUCUCUGGCGCUCACUGACCUGUUUGGACAGCUGCUGACGAGCCCAAUAGUCAUAUCAGUUUACAGAGCUGACCUGAACUGGGAGCACAUCGACUCAUCGGGCAAACUGUGCGGCUUUUUCGGGGUGUGCAUGACAACUUUUGGCCUGUGCGCGCUAUUCUUGGCCAGUGCCAUGGCGAUUGAGAGGGCCAUGGCGAUAACAAACCCACACUGGUACUCCAGCCACAUGAGGACAAGUGUGACAAAGCAGACCCUGGCUGCCAUCUGGUUGCUGGUGCUGCUCUUUGCGCUGCUGCCCAUCGCGGGGGUCGGGAAGUACACGCGUCAGUGGCCGGGCACCUGGUGCUUUAUCAGCACCGGAGACAGAGAAGUCCCGGGCAACAUGUUCUUCGCCAUCACUUUCGCCGUGCUGGGGAUUUUCUCCCUGCUGGUGACACUUUCCUGCAACGUAGUGACGAUCCGGGGCUUGAUUGUCCGGUGCAAAACCAAGUCUGGCACGUCUCAGUCCUCCAAACAGUGGGAGCGACUCACCACGGAGACCGUCAUUCAGCUGUUAGGGAUUAUGUGCGUCCUGCUCGUGUGCUGGUCCCCUUUACUGGUGCUGAUGCUGAGGAUGAUCUCCACCCAGGUCUCUUCCCACGACUGCAACUCCAAAGUUGGGAUAUCCACUCACUCCUCCAGCCGGGACGUCAGUUUGGACUGCAACUUCUUCCUGACGGCGAUCCGCCUGGCCUCUCUCAACCAGAUCCUCGACCCGUGGGUCUAUCUGCUCUUCAGGGAGAUCCUCCUCCGCAAGUUCUGCAUCGUGGCCAAUGCCGUGUCCAACUGCUCCGUGGAGGAUCGCAAGGAGAAUCCGAAUGCACUGGACGCACUAAACAAGCAUAGCGAAGACAGCAGUAACCCUCAUAAAACACAAAGUGGCUGAGGCGACCUUUGACGUGGGAAUUUCUCUGGUGAGGCCGUGAAGCCAGGACAGAUUGGACGGAUGUGAAAAUGGAUGCAGGACUGUCUUGGAUGUGUUUUGAAAAAGCAGAAAAAGGAAUUUCUCGACACAGAAGGAUAUUGUGGAGUGGUAAACAAGAGUAGUCUCUCAGUAAUGCAGUGUUAAUGAGAACAGUCUACUCUGCUCUGGGUGCAUUUGUUUUGCUUCAAACACAUUCCAUUCAAAGUCACCUAACCAGCAUGGACGCAUGACCGUGUCACUUCUUGCAUUCAGCUACGGCGCGGCUUCCAGGAACUCUCUCUUUGCUACUUUCUGUUUUGAUAACAUCUCCCACGUGCAGCCGCUGAAACAUUUGACUUUAAACUGACUUAUAUGGAAGUGAUGCAUCUCAUCCCUCUUUUUUUAGUUUGUGAUCUGAGUCAAUUUGAAGCCAUAAGCCGAUUUAAGGACAAAUAAUUGGCUGUUGUGAAUGUCUGUAAAUAAAAAAAAUGUAAAUUGCUCUCAUGAAGUUGUAAAUAGCUUUGUCAUAUCUUACAUGAAAUGUAAUCGCAGGACAUUCACAAGAAAAAAAAACUGGAGCCAGCUGUUUAUUUUAAGUAUUUAUUAAGAGUGUUGCUGUCGUAUGAAGACAAGUCGUUUCUGAGCAAAAUGCUGGUAAUGGUACCUGUUGGGAGUUGGCUGUUGUAAAUUUUAUAAUACACUGUACAUGGUGUUCCUAGGCAACCAGCCUGGGACUCUGAAAUGUGAAGCUUUUCAUUUGUCGCCACUGUGUAUUAGAAGCGUUCAUGAUCUGUAAUAUGUACUGACAAGGGGGUCAAAUCUCACCAGCCGAAUCUUUUUUGGAAAGAAAGAGAAACAUAAUUGGUGGAGUCUUAUGACCAGUCAUGUCAAAAUAA